CCUGCUUUCCAGGGAAGCCUCAGUCCACCUCUGGGCAGGGAGGAAGAAGCUGUGGCUGCCCCUGGAGGAGGUCCUGGAGGCAUUUCCUGCUGGGAUGGCAGCUCCAGCAUCUUUAAGGGCCACGGGGGGUCCAGCCCCACCGGGGGCACCCUAGGACUCCCACAGCCAUCUGUGCGCCUGCCCCCCACUCAUCUGUGGGCCACUCGCCAUGGGUGGGUGCUUCUCCAAGCCCAAGCCAGUGGAGCUCAAGAUCGAGGUGGUGCUGCCUGAGAAGGAACGGGGCAAGGAGGAGCUGUCAGCCAGCGGGAAGGGCAGCCCCCGGGCCUACCAGGGCAAUGGCACAGCCCGCCACUUCCACACUGAGGAGCGCCUGCCUGCUCCUCACCCGUAUCCUGGGGCUCAGGACUGUGUGGAGGCUGCCGUCUGCCAUGUCAAGGACCUCGAGAAUGGCCAGAUGCGGGAAGUAGAGCUGGGCUGGGGGAAGGUGUUGCUGGUGAAGGACAACGGGGAGUUCCACGCCCUGGGCCACAAGUGUCCACACUAUGGUGCACCCCUGGUGAAAGGUGUGCUGUCCCGUGGCCGGGUGCGCUGCCCCUGGCAUGGUGCCUGCUUCAACAUCAGCACCGGUGACCUGGAGGAUUUCCCUGGCCUGGACAGUCUGCACAAAUUCCAGGUGAAGAUUGAGAAGGAGAAGGUGUACGUCCGAGCCAGUAAGCAGGCCUUGCAGCUACAGCGAAGAACCAAGGUGAUGGCCAAGUGUAUCUCUCCAAGUGCUGGCCACAGCAGCAGCACCAACGUGCUCAUUGUAGGCGCAGGUGCCGCUGGCUUGGUGUGUGCGGAGACACUGCGACAGGAGGGGUUCUCAGACAGGAUUGUCUUGUGCACGCUGGACCGGCACCUCCCCUAUGACCGGCCUAAGCUCAGCAAGUCCCUGGAUGCACAGCCUGAGCUGCUGGCUCUGAGGCCCAAGGAGUUCUUCCGAGCCUAUGGCAUCGAGGUGCUCACUGAGGCCCAGGUGGUAACGGUGGAUGUGAGAAAUAAGAAGGUCGUGUUCAAGGAUGGCUUCAAGCUGGAGUACAGCAAGCUGCUGCUCGCACCAGGGAGCAGCCCUAAGACGCUGAACUGCAAAGGCAAAGAGGUGGAGAACGUGUUCACCAUCCGGACGCCUGAAGAUGCCAAUCGCGUGGUGAGGCUGGCCCGUGGCCGCAAUGCGGUGGUCGUGGGAGCUGGCUUCCUGGGGAUGGAGGUGGCUGCGUAUCUGACGGAAAAGGCCCACUCAGUGUCUGUGGUAGAGCUGGAGGAAACGCCCUUCAGGAGGUUUUUGGGGGAACGUGUCGGCCGUGCCCUCAUGAAGAUGUUUGAGAACAACCGGGUCAAGUUCUACAUGCAGACAGAGGUGUCUGAGCUGCGGGCCCAGGAGGGAAAGCUGAAGGAGGUUGUGCUGAAGAGCAGCAAGGUUGUACGGGCUGACGUCUGUAUUGUGGGCAUUGGCGCGGUGCCUGCCACGGGCUUCCUGAGGCAGAGCAGCAUCAAUCUGGAUUCUCGAGGCUUCAUCCCUGUCAACAAGAUGAUGCAGACCAACGUCCCAGGCGUGUUUGCAGCUGGCGAUGCUGUCACUUUCCCCUUGGCCUGGAGAAACAAUCGGAAAGUGAAUAUCCCACACUGGCAGAUGGCUCAUGCCCAGGGGCGCGUGGCGGCCCAGAACAUGCUGGCUCAGGAGGCGGAGAUCAGCACCGUGCCCUACCUGUGGACAGCCAUGUUUGGCAAGAGCCUGCGCUACGCGGGGUACGGAGACGGCUUCGACGACGUCAUCAUCCAGGGAGAUCUGGAAGAACUCAAGUUCGUGGCUUUUUACACCAAAGGCGACGAGGUGAUUGCUGUGGCCAGCAUGAAUUAUGAUCCCAUCGUGUCCAAGGUGGCUGAGGUGCUAGCCUCAGGCCGUGCCAUCCGAAAGCGGGAGGUGGAGCUGUUUGUGCUACACAGCAAGACCGGCGACAUGUCCUGGCUCACAGGGAAAGGAUCCUGAGCUCGCAUGCAGCAGACUUGGGCAGGCACGCUGGGGCACCAGGGACAGAGGCCAAGCCUUGGGGGCAGGUGCCAACCUCCAAUUUCCCAGGAUCCCCCAGGGCAGAACCUGAGCCUUCCCAGUGCUUGCCUCCGGUUGCCUGGCUCACCUCCAGGGAGGCUUCUGCUGCCUCCAGGAGAUGCUUAUCCCCCAAGGCCUCAGCUGCCACUGAUGUCUGGCAAUGGAGGCAGGACAGGCCUGUCCUCUUCUUCCUUUCUUGAGACCAGUUCCCUACAAGACCCUGCAACAUAUUAGAUAUUAUCUUAAAAUUAAAACGCACACAUUUGCA